AAUUAUCUAAAUUAGGUAUGAUAGAAAUUUAUUAUACCCUAAAAUUAGUUAUGACCCAAGAAAAUUUCACAACUUAUCUACCUCCUUAGAUUCUCCGUCCUCAUAUCAUUCAAUUUUAAUCCACCACUACCACCUUAAAAACAAGACAUAAAUACAUGUUAGAAACUAUUGACACACAGAAUGACAGAAAGCACAGAAUCCAUGGAAGAAUCCACUCAUGAAAUCACAAGCCCUCUCAUUUCUAAGGACAAGAAAGAUGAAGACUUUUAUGGCCAGCCCUCAUCUUCUCAACCAAAACUUCAAAAAAACCCAGAAGAAGAAGAAGAAAACUCACCAGUGGAACAGGUUGCUCUGACUGUACCAACCACAGACGAUCCCUCCCUCCCAGUCCUAACAUUUCGAAUGUGGGUUCUGGGUACCCUCUCCUGCACCCUCCUCUCCUUCCUCAAUCAGUUCUUCUGGUACAGAACAGAGCCUCUUUCGAUCACCGCCAUCUCUGCCCAGAUUGCUGUGGUGCCUCUGGGGCAGCUCAUGGCUUCCAAAAUCACAACCCAUGCCUUCUUCAAAGGCUCCCGCUGGGAGUUCACCCUCAACCCUGGACCCUUCAAUGUCAAAGAACAUGUCCUCAUCACCAUCUUUGCCAACUCUGGAGCUGGAACCGUCUACGCCAUUCAUAUUGUUACUGUGGUUAAAGUUUUUUACAAGAAGCACAUCACCUUCUUUGUGUCCCUGCUUGUUAUCUUAACAACUCAGGUGUUGGGGUUUGGUUGGGCUGGGAUUUUCAGGAGGUACUUGGUUGAACCAGCUGCUAUGUGGUGGCCGGCAAACCUUGUCCAAGUUUCAUUGUUCAGGUAAUACCUUCACUUUUUCUUUUAUGUAUUCCCUGGCUACCUCUUUCAAAUGCUAACUUCCCUCUCUUGGAUUUGUUGGAUUUUCCCCAAAAAUGUCCUGGCCCAACAGCUUGGCUCAGGUCUUUAUGGGCUUGGAAUUGGAGCCGUUGGGCUUGACUGGUCAACCAUCUCCUCCUACCUUGGAAGCCCACUUGCAAGCCCAUGGUUUGCCACAGCCAAUGUUGCUGCUGGUUUUUUCUUUGUCAUGUACAUAUUGACUCCAUUUUGCUAUUGGCUUAAUGUCUACAAAGCCAAAACCUUCCCAAUUUUUUCAGACUCAAUGUUCACAUCAGAUGGUCAAGAAUACAACAUAACGUCUAUCAUUGACUCCAAUUUCCACCUUGAUAUCGCGGCAUACGAUCGAGAAGGUCCUCUUUACCUCAGCAUAAUUUUCGCAAUAACUUACGGCGUUGGCUUUGCUGCACUCACUGCUACAAUUGUACAUGUUGCUCUAUUUCAUGGAAGGGAAAUAUGGGAGCAAAGCAAAGCAAGUUUCAAAGAGAAGCAAAUGGACAUACACACAAGACUUAUGCAGAGAUACAAUCAAGUGCCUGAGUGGUGGUUUGUGGUCAUACUUUUGGUCAACAUUGCAGUCACUGUUUUUACCUGCGAAUACUACAAUGACCAGCUUCAGUUGCCUUGGUGGGGUGUUUUACUAGCUUGUGCUAUUGCCAUUUUCUUCACCCUCCCAAUUGGGAUCAUCACAGCCAUCACAAAUCAGACACCAGGCUUAAACAUCAUCACUGAGUAUAUAAUUGGGUAUAUAUACCCAGGUUACCCAGUUGCCAAUAUGUGCUUCAAGGUGUAUGGCUACAUAAGUAUGACACAAGCCAUCACAUUUUUGCAAGACUUCAAGCUUGGUCACUACAUGAAAAUCCCUCCUAGAACCAUGUUCAUGGCUCAGGUUGUGGGUACCCUGAUAGCUGGAAUUGUCUACUUGGGCACUGCUUGGUGGCUGAUGGAAACCAUCCCAGACAUAUGUGAGGACACAUCAUCAGUGUGGACUUGCCCAAGUGACACAGUGUUCUAUGAUGCCUCAGUCAUAUGGGGCUUGAUUGGCCCUAGAAGAAUAUUUGGUAACUUGGGCACAUAUGAGGCAGUCAAUUGGUUCUUCUUGGGUGGUGCAGUUGCCCCCGUUGUUGUAUGGGCAGCUGCUAAGGCCUUCCCAAACCAAGAGUGGAUCAGGCUCAUCAACAUGCCAGUCCUAAUUGGUGCCACAGGGUAUAUGCCACCUGCAACUGCAGUCAACUACACUUCUUGGAUCAUUUUGGGUUUUCUGUCUGGUUUUGUUGUGUAUAGGUAUAGGCCAGAUUGGUGGAGGAGGCACAAUUAUGUGCUCUCGGGGGCACUUGAUGCUGGCCUUGCCUUCAUGGGGGUGCUUCUGUAUUUUAGCUUGGGGUUGGAGGACAUUAGCCUUAGCUGGUGGGGAAAUGACCUUGAUGGGUGCCCCUUGGCUACUUGCCCUACGGCUAAAGGGGUGAUUGUUGAAGGCUGCCCUGUUUACACUUGAAGAAAUUGUAUAUAGUUAUUUUCUUUUUUUCAUUCUUAAAGAAUUGCACUAGUUGGAUAGAAAAUAGGAUGAUUUCUUUCCAGUCAACUGUUGUUUUCUUGGUUUGUAAUGGGGAAAGCAACGGAUUUCAUUUGUAAUUUGUGCAUGGGCAGUAUUCAUGCUUAAAUUUGGUCCAACAAAAUGUUGGAGAAGUUUCACAAAAACAAAAGAAAUGUUGGAGAAUCCUACGAGAUUGAAAGAUGCUACAGAAAUCAUACUGGUGUGAUAUAGUAAGUUAUCUUUUGGUAUUUA